AUGUCCAACUCAACUCUUUCAUUCGAGAAUCAAAUCGAUCAACGACAAGACAUCCCUCUUCUCGAACAAGCCAAUUCUCACCCCAUGUAUUACUCCAUGGCUCUUACUGCUAUCGGAGCUACCAUCGGAGACGCAUUGGGAUCUCCGUUCGAAAACAAAACAAAAUCUGAAAUUCAGAGCAUGUGGCUCAUGAAGAAAUCCAACCACACAGCAUCGACUGGUACUCAUUAUGUCUUUCCUAAACAAUUAUGUCAUUCUGGAUUGAUUUAUACUGAUGACACACAAAUGUCCAUUUCAUUGAUCGAGAGUUAUUUGAUAAAUCAUCAUCUCGAUCCAAUCUAUAUCAAAACACUCUGGCAAGCUCUCUCCAAAAAGGACUGGUUCACAUGGGCUGGUUGUCCUCUAAGUCAAUAUCAAUUUGGUGGAUUUCGAGGAACAGGUCGAAAUUUCAGAGAAAGUGUCAAUUCAUUGAAUGAAGAGUGUGAUAAUGACAUUUCUCAGAAAACAGCUGGAAAUGGAGUAGCUAUGAGAUCGUGGCCAUGUGCCAUUGCUGCCUGUCACGUGUCACUUUCACCGAUAGAACAAAUUGAACGAUUAAGACAAGAUGUUGUAAUGAAUGGGGAACUGACUCAUAAGGAUAUUCUUGGAAUUGUUCCUGCAUAUUCUGUUGCAUGGCUCACUUAUCAAUGGAUUCAAGGAAAAUUACUUCAUAUUGAAACUUUGGAUUUGAUUCGAGUAGUCAUUGAAGAAACCAAACAAUUUGAAGUAUGGCUUUCUAAAUUUUCCAAAUAUGAGCAACAAGCCAAGAAACGAAUCUAUUCGACCGCUCUCGAAGCCAUUCUUUCAUUUCUUAAAAAAACUUCCAGCACUCCAUCGAAACAAGAAUUAAUUGACAUUUCUCUUAAAAGUAUUGUUGACAUUUGUGAAAUGACCACCUCCCAAACGGUUCGAGGUCCUCAUGAUGGAUUUGCUGUUGCGAGUGUCACUUCUGCUCUUUUACAUUCCAUUAUUUUGCGAAAUGAAGAUUUCCUUAUUUGUUUAAAGCGAGUCAUUGAUGUUGGAGGAGAUACAGACACGGUUGCUUCGAUGGUAGGUGCCAUGGUAGGUGCCUAUAAAGGAUGGAGUUUCACGUCCAAUCGGAAUGAAAGUUCACUUCAACUUUCACAACAAAAUUCCCAAAAACAAUUUUCCUAUUUUGUAGUUCAACAAGUUGUCGGAUUUGAACACUUGUAUGAAUUUUAUAGACAUUUUAUUGAAUGGACACUCGGAAUGAGUCAUCAAGAUACGAACAAGAUCAAGAAGGAUUAUUGUGGAUUUUUAUUGCAACAAGAAAAACACGUGACCUCUGUCCUCCUGAAUUUGGAAAAUUCAAAACGAACACCUCAUUAUCGUGCCACGAUUGUGAAUGAUAUGGUUUCGAAAAUUGGAAAUUCAUUAAUGAGAGAAAGAAGUAAAUUUCAUGGAAGCGAUGAAGAAUUUGUGAAAAUGGUCAUUCCAAAAUAUUCCAAUGAAAUUGAGUGGAUGAAUGAUUGGGAUUUGAAAAAGUUGUAUGGAAUGGUGUUUAAGAAGAAUCAAAGAGGAGGAACCUAUGGAUACGAUAGGAGAUAG